AGAGUGUGCAGAAAGCCCAGCUCGGGCUGCUCCGGUUUCACAUGCAUUUUCUUUCUUCCUUUUUGCGCGUGUGAUUUCUUUCUUCCUUUCUUCUCUUCUGCUCUGUUUCCCCCCUUCCUCUGCUCCUUUCGGUGGGUCGGAGGCAUCUGAGCCUCCGAAAGGAGCGACUUCAAACUGCAGUAGCCUCCGGAGUCAGGAGGGUCAAGUUCAGCCGCCGGGGAGGAGGAAAAACAAAUCCCCAUUUGCCAAAAAAAGAAGUUUCAGGCCGGUGCCCCCUCCCCCUCGCAGCCCCACUCCCCCUCGCUGUCUCCUUCUGGCGGAUUUUAAUUCUCUCCUACCGGGCGCAGCGGAGGAGCUGAAGGUGGCUGCACCCGAGGGGCCGCAGCCGCAGCCGCCGCUGCAAGUUUUCUGGGGCUCCUGACAAGCGGGGAGCAGCCCGGGCGCCAGCAUGCAGAGUAAUGUACAGAUCAGCGCUCAAAAUGUCUUCUGUGUCCUCUGAGCGUCUUCUAAGACAAUUGCAUUAGCCUCCUGCUAGUUGACUAAUAGAAUUAAUAAUUGUAAAAAGCAUUCUAAAGCCACAUGCCUUAUGAAGUCAAUGCUGGGUAUGAUUUUACAAAUAUGGUCCGGAAAAAGAACCCCCCUCUGAGAAACGUUGCUAGCGAAGGCGAGGGCCAGACCCUGGAGCCUCUAGGUACAGAAAGCAAGGUAUCUGGAAAGAACAAAGAAUUUCCUGCAGAUCAGAUGUCAGAAAAUACGGAUCAGAGUGAUGCUGCAGAACUAAAUAAUAAGGAGGAACAUAGCUUGCAUGUCCAAGAUUCAUCUUCUAGCAGUAAGAAGGACUUAAAAAGCUCAGUCCUGACUGAGAAGGCUGGCUUCAAUUAUGAAAGCCCCAGUAAGGGAGGAAGCCUUCCCUCCUUUCCACACGAUGAGGUGACAGAGAGAAAUAUGUUGGUUUUCUCAUCUCCAGCUGCUGGGGGAGUCUGUGAGCCCUUGAAGUCUCCUCAAAGUACAGAGGCAGAUGACCCUCAAGAUAUGGCCUGCACCCCAUCCGGGGACUCAGUGGAGACAAAGGAAGAUCUUAAGAUGUCGCCAAAGGCUACUGAGGAAACAGGGCAAGUUCAGAGUGGUCAAGCCAACUGUCAAGGCUCAAGCCCAGUUUCAGUGGCCUCAAAAAUCCCACAAGUGCCUUCAGAUGGGGGUGUAAGACUGAACAAAUCCAAAAGUGACGUACUGGCAAAUGACAACCCAGACCCGGCACCUCUGUCUCCAGAGCUUCAGGACUUUAAAUGCAAUAUCUGUGGAUACGGUUACUAUGGCAACGACCCCACAGAUCUGAUUAAGCACUUCCGAAAGUAUCACUUAGGACUGCAUAACCGCACCAGGCAGGAUGCUGAGCUGGACAGCAAAAUCUUGGCCCUUCAUAACAUGGUGCAGUUCAGCCAUUCCAAAGACUUCCAGAAGGUCAACCGUUCUGUCCUUUCUGGUGUGCUGCAGGACAUCAAUUCUUCAAGGCCUGUUUUACUAAAUGGGACCUAUGAUGUACAGGUCACUUCAGGUGGAACAUUCAUUGGCAUCGGACGGAAAACGCCAGAUUGCCAAGGAAACACCAAGUACUUCCGCUGUAAAUUCUGCAAUUUCACUUAUAUGGGCAACUCAUCAACUGAACUAGAGCAACAUUUUCUUCAGACGCACCCGAACAAAAUCAAAGCUUCUCUCCCCUCCUCUGAGGGUGCCAAACCUUCAGAGAAAAACUCUAAUAAAUCCAUCCCUGCACUUCGAUCCAGUGAUUCUGGAGACUUGGGAAAGUGGCAGGACAAGAUUACAGUCAAGGCGGGAGAUGACACGCCUGUUGGCUAUUCCGUGCCCAUCAAGCCCCUCGAUUCCUCAAGACAAAAUGGUACAGAGGCCACCAGUUACUACUGGUGUAAAUUUUGUAGUUUCAGCUGUGAGUCAUCUAGCUCACUUAAACUGCUAGAACAUUAUGGCAAGCAGCAUGGAGGAGCGCAGUCAGGCAGCCUUAAUCCAGAAUUGAAUGAUAAGCUCUCCAGGGGCUCUGUCAUUAAUCAGAAUGAUCUAGCCAAAAGUGCAGAAGGCGAGCCAAUGAUCAAGGCAGAUAAAGGUUCUAGCGGGUCUAAAAAGAAGGACUUCUCCAGCAAGGGAGCAGAGGAUAAUGUGGUGACAAGUUACAACUGUCAGUUCUGUGAUUUCAGAUAUUCCAAAAGCCAUGGCCCCGAUGUAAUUGUAGUGGGGCCACUUCUCCGUCAUUAUCAGCAGCUCCAUAACAUUCAUAAGUGCACCAUUAAACACUGUCCAUUCUGUCCCAGAGGCCUUUGUAGCCCGGAAAAGCACCUUGGAGAAAUUACUUAUCCAUUUGCUUGUCGAAAAAGUAAUUGUUCCCAUUGUGCACUCUUACUUUUGCACUUGUCUCCUGGGGCGGCCGGAAGCUCAAGAGUCAAACAUCAGUGCCACCAGUGCCCAUUUGCCACACCUGACGUAGAUGUGCUCCUCUUUCAUUACGAGACUGUGCAUGAGUCCCAGGCAUCGGAUGUCAAGCAAGAAGCAAAUCACCUGCAAGGAGCCGAUGGGCAGCAGACUGUCAAGGAAAGCAAAGAACACUCAUGUACCAAAUGUGAUUUUAUUACCCAGGUGGAAGAAGAGAUUUCCCGACACUACAGGAGAGCACACAGCUGCUACAAAUGCCGUCAGUGCAGUUUCACAGCUGCUGAUACUCAGUCACUACUGGAGCAUUUCAACACUGUUCACUGUCAGGAACAGGAUGUCACUACAGCCAACGGUGAGGAGGAAGGUCAUGCUGUAUCCACCAUUAAGGAAGAGCCCAAAAUUGACCUCAAGGUCUACAGUCUGCUCAAUCCAGACUCUAAAAUGGGAGAGCCAGUUUCUGAGAGUGUGGUGAAGAGGGAGAAACUGGAAGAUAAGGAUGGGCUGAAAGAAAAAGUUUGGACUGAGAGUUCAAGUGAUGACCUUCGCAACAUGACUUGGAGAGGGGCAGACAUCCUACGGGGCAGUCCAUCUUAUACUCAAGCAAGCCUGGGGCUUCUGACGCCCGUGUCCGGCACCCAAGAGCAGACAAAGACUCUACGGGAUAGCCCCAAUGUAGAAGCUGCCCAUCUGGCGAGACCUAUCUAUGGCUUGGCUGUGGAGACCAAGGGAUUCCUGCAGGGGGUGCCAACUGGCGGAGAGAAGUCCGGGGCCCUCACCCAGCAGUAUCCUGCAUCCGGGGAAAACAAGUCCAAGGAUGAAUCCCAGUCCCUGUUACGGAGGCGUAGAGGCUCGGGUGUUUUUUGUGCCAAUUGCUUGACCACAAAGACCUCUCUCUGGCGGAAGAAUGCAAAUGGCGGAUAUGUAUGCAAUGCGUGUGGCCUCUACCAGAAGCUUCACUCGACUCCCAGACCUUUAAACAUCAUUAAACAAAACAACGGUGAGCAGAUUAUUAGGAGAAGAACAAGAAAGCGCCUUAACCCAGAGGCACUUCAGGCUGAGCAGCUCAACAAACAGCAAAGGGGUGGCGGUGAGGAGCAGGUCAAUGGAAGCCCCUUAGAGAGGAGGUCAGAAGAUCACUUAACUGAAAGUCACCAGAGAGAAAUUCCACUCCCGAGCCUGAGUAAAUACGAAGCCCAGGGUUCAUUGACUAAAAGCCAUUCUGCUCAGCAGCCUGUCCUGGUCAGCCAAACUCUGGAUAUUCACAAAAGGAUGCAACCUUUGCACAUUCAGAUAAAAAGUCCUCAGGAAAGUACUGGAGACCCAGGAAAUAGUUCAUCCAUAUCUGAAGGGAAAGGAAGUUCUGAGAGAGGCAGCCCUAUAGAAAAGUACAUGAGACCUGCAAAACACCCAAAUUACUCACCACCAGGCAGCCCUAUUGAAAAGUACCAGUACCCCCUUUUUGGACUUCCCUUUGUACAUAAUGACUUCCAGAGUGAAGCUGAUUGGCUGCGGUUCUGGAGUAAAUAUAAGCUCUCCAUUCCUGGGAAUCCGCACUACUUGAGUCAUGUGCCUGGCCUACCAAAUCCUUGCCAAAACUAUGUGCCUUAUCCCACCUUCAAUCUGCCUCCUCAUUUUUCAGCUGUUGGAUCAGACAAUGACAUUCCUCUAGAUUUGGCGAUCAAGCAUUCCAGACCUGGGCCAACUGCAAACGGUGCCUCCAAGGAGAAAACGAAGGCACCAUCAAAUGUAAAAAAUGAAGGUCCCUUGAAUGUAAUAAAAACAGAGAAAGUUGAUAGAAGUACUCAAGAUGAACUUUCAACAAAAUGUGUGCACUGUGGCAUUGUCUUUCUGGAUGAAGUGAUGUAUGCUUUGCAUAUGAGUUGCCAUGGUGACAGUGGACCUUUCCAGUGCAGCAUAUGCCAGCAUCUUUGCACGGACAAAUAUGACUUUACAACUCAUAUCCAGAGGGGCCUGCAUAGGAACAAUGCACAAGCAGAAAAAAAUGGAAAACCUAAAGAGUAAAAACCUUAGCACUUAGCACAAUUAAAUAGAAAUAGGUUUUCUUGAUGGGAAUUCAAUAGCUUGUAAUGUCUUAUGAAGACCUAUUAAAAGAAAAUACUUCAUAGAGCCUGCCUUAUCCAACGUGAAAUCCCUUCUUUUAUUAUUCUUUCUUUCGAUGAGUAGGUUACCAAGAUUUAAAAGUGAGACAAAUGGUCAGUGAGAAAAAAACAUCGAAGAUGGUAAAUAGUCAUGUUUUAGAACAUAGUAAGUCAAAACCAUCUUGGCAAAUGUGUACUGUGGAAACCAUCCACAAGAAGUUUCACCAUACUGUAAUUAUUGUUUGUAAAGAAAGAGAUCAAAGCUGUCUAGAAUUUGGAAGGGUUUACAUUUUAUGAUACUGAAGCAGUAUUGGGCUGGCCAUUGGCCCAUUUGUUCCAAAACCCAUAAAUUGUUGCCUAAAUUUAGAAGUAUCAUGAAAUCCUAGGCAGCUGAAGAGAAAGCUGAUCUCCAGGGCAGUAAAAGGAAAAUGGCGCCCUCUAACAUUUAGCCUCCUCUCAUUGACCAUGUCUCAGAUUUAGAACCAGAAAUGGGAGCUGUGGUUAGGCGUAGUAAGAGAGCAGCAAGAAAAGUGACAGAUGUGGCACUAUGUUUUUGGCCAGCCCUGCCUGUACAUACACAUGCACACCCUCUCUGAUAAUUUUGUCCUUUAGAUGUUCAAAUACUCCUUUCGAAAGUAGUCCUUUUGUUUGCGAUUUAGGUUCAUUUUAUCCAAAUAUACAUGCAUUUUUAAAAAUGAUGUCCUCGAUGCUUACGUAGUCAUUUUAUUUUAGCCAGAUAUUUCUUUCUUGUAUGUGAUGAACCAGUUUGGAUUUAUUUUUUUUAAGCCUCUCUUGAUCACUUAUCUCACUUAGCACAUGAUAAGGAAAGGGAUCCCCUCCGCUCAAAAGGCUAGAUGGAUGCAAAACUUCAGACCAUGGGCUUAAUUUGUUUAGAAUACAUGGUAUUUCUCCACAAGGUAACCUGCUGUAUUUAUUUAUUUUCUUUUGGUUAAAUAUAAUUUCCAAACUUUGUGGUCAGGCAGCGUCUAAGGUUACGUUACCACAGACUGACAGUUGGUAUAUGUACCAAUCAAUCCCUUCAUUAGACUUAUACAGGUUUAGUUUAAGUAGCAUUAAAUAGGAUUCUUAGAAAUAUGUCUUCAUAGUACUUUUAAUACUUAAGGCUUUGUAAAACUAUCCAUGAAGGGAAAGCUCCUCAGCAUAACUGCUCAGGGAAAUAGGGCUAAAUAACUGAACAUUAAAUAAUUGGUUAAAGGUGCUGUUAGUCGAGCCUCAAUGCUUGCUACAAGGAUGUAUGUACAAGGACUGACUUUAAUAAUUUGCAUUAUAUUGUCCCAACCAGUAGUUUAUUUUUUGCCACGGAGAUGUAGAAGAUAUUACAAGCUACUGGAUGCACUGUCAGAUUAACUUAUUUCAUUAAAGAAGUUGGGAGAACAAA